UUUUUAAAAACGUUGUAUUUCCUAUUACUUUACAAAUAGUUUAGAUGUAUGGCUACCAAAUUAGAUAUUUUCUUGACUCAAUGGAACUUUUUCUGAUAUAGUCUUGUGAAUUCCUCAUCUCUUACGAAGCACUGAAUCAAGUUGCAGACGAUCAAUGUGACGAAGAAUGCAUUAGAACAAAGAUGCUAAAUGGCCUCAAACAAGCGGAGAGUGUAGUAGAGAAGGAGCUGCAGACGUUGGCCCAAGAUCCUGAGCGUCGCCUGAAAGCCGACAUGAAGACGUUUAACACGAAGCAUUUGAUCACCUGUAGAGCUGGAUUUCAUCUUGUCAAAGCUCAUUACAAAAGAUGCUUUCCUUGUAUGCCUGGCUACUACAGUGAGCCCAACACAGUGGAGUGCAGCAUGUGCGAUGUCGGCUACUACCAAGAGAGUUAUGGAAAGAAGGAUUGUGAUAAGUGUGAUGAAGGCAAAACCACAGACUCAAAAGGUUCCAAGUCAAGAGAUGAUUGCAUUGGUGCCGAAGACAGUAAGUGUUGCUUUCGUUUACUGCUCUGCUUGAGGUCUAACAAAAGAAUUCCCGAUACAAAGUCUAGAUUGCUUUAUACAAUAUACAUAUUGCUUUGGCAAUAUUGA